AUGCAAAAUCAAUUAUUUAAACAAGAAACUCAAGAAUCAUCUAAUUCUUUAAAUUUCAAAGACAAAACUCAUUUUCUUAAACAACCUAUCUCUUCAAAAAAAAUUCGUAACACAAAAAACCUUUCCUUAAAGAAUGUUGAUCAAGCAAAUCAAUGUGUUAAAGGAAUUUCUACUAUUAUUUCACCAUUAUCAAAACCAUACUCAACUGAACAAAACCGAGAAAACAAGGGGUUUACAUCAACUAACAAUCAUACAUUGUUAAAUAUAAUUUUUGCGAAUAGAAUUUAUCCUCAAAACACUCAAAUACUAUUUGAAAACGAUUAUAAUUAUAAAAAAAAUUCUAAUACUUAUGAAAACAAGCCAGUAUGUAUAAUUGAACCAAAUCUUUGGCUUUUUGCGGAACCAGAAACUCAUAUUGCAAAAAAAUUUAAUGUUGUAAUCAAUGUUGCAAAAGAAGUAAAAAAUCCAUUUUUAUCUCAAACAUCUCUAGAGGAAAAUUGCCCUAAAGAAACAGAAAAUAUAUCAAGUGAAAGAAGGAUUUUUCAAAAAAAUCUAUUACCUAUAGAAAGUUCAAUUCUUCCACCUGUUAUAAUUAAUAACAUAGAAUAUCUUCAUGUAUUAUGGGAUCAUAAUGUCAGUACACUAUCUAUUGACUUACCACCUCUCAUAGAUUAUAUAACUAAGAAAUCUAUUCAAGAAAACAAAAAAGUUUUAAUUCAUUGUCAGUGUGGAAUUUCUCGGUCAGCAUCCUUAAUAAUUGCCUAUGUUAUGAAAUCCCUUGGCUUGAAUAUUGAUUCUGCUUAUUCUUAUGUUAAAGAUAAAUCUCCUUGGAUUGGACCCAAUAUGUCUUUAAUAUAUCAACUUUAUGAUUUCAACAAUUUCCUUUAUGGUAAAAAGAAAUCUUCUAGUAAUAAGAAACAAACUGGUCCUAAUAUUGAGAUAUCAUCAUCAAAUAAUUCCCGUAAAACAAUUAUAGAUAAAAAAGUAUAG